AUGGAAUCGUGUAGUUUCCUUAGUCUUAGGAAUCGUUCCCGCUUACCGGGAAAAGUUCCAUCGUGGAAACAGCAGCCUGUUGAAAGUGAUGAAGCUGAAAGUGCUGAAGAAAAGAAGCUGAAACUAUCUCUUGAGAUUUACGUGGUGAUGAUUUUUGGAUCACGAAUAGCUUGUGGAGGUUUGGUCAGACUCAUGUACUGUGUGAUUCACGUGUUGUUUCGAGGACACAAAAUGUUUAUCUAUGUCGCCUACAACACUCAAGGCAGUGUGAGAAGAUGCUUCAUGGCUUGGGUCUUUGUAGUAGCGUGGCAAAUCGUUUUUGCGGAGUAUGAAGUUAACCGAAACAAGGACGCGAUGAAACUCAUCGAUAAGGGCUUCAUAACCAUUGAGAUUCUGCUUACUCUGUGGAUUGGGAAGUCUGUUUUGGUGAUGUGA